CGGGAAGAGGCUUAGAACAGCUCAUUAUUUACUGAUAAGAAUGGAAGAGAAAUUCGGUGUUUAAUUAUUAUGUCAAAAUUAAUACUAAUGCUAUUAGUUGGUUUAAGUGAUUUCUAUACCGCUGACACAGACUUUGGCGUUCAUCACUAUGUUCCAUAGUUCUCUAGUGUAAUGUUAGUGGUGAAUUGUUUUCGUAACCUUAUCUUUUGACAGUCAUUUCAGUUGGAGUGAAGUUUAUGGAAUUCUGUUUUUGAUGAAUUUUUAAGAAGACAGUUACAAUGGAAGCAGUACCCAGAUUGCCUAUGUUGAGCUUUGAGUUGAAAGUGAGCUCGGACCGUUACCCUCCUGAGUUUGUCAACUUAAAACAGUAUAUACGUGAUUUCUACAAUGAAGAUCCAGAAACUUACUCUACAGAAAUUAGAAAUUUAGAAACAUUAAGGGCUAAUGCAGUCCAUCCAGCCAAAGAUGCAACUGGUUGUGCUGUGAUGAAAAAAUAUUUUUGCCAGUUACAUUUUUUACAAAGCCGAUUUCCAAUCGGGCGAGAAGAAAAAGGAGCCAUAUCAUUUGUCUGGAAAGAUGCUUAUGGUGGUAUUGUUUGUACAACAUCUGAUGUUAAAUUUGAAAUGGUAAAUAUACUUUAUAAUAUAGGAGCUCUUCAUUCAAUACUCGGUGCUGGUGAUGACAGAACAACACCUGAAGGGCUGAAAAUGGCAUGUACUCAUUUCCAGUGUGCAGCCUGGGCUUUUCAGCAUUUGAAAGAUAGCUAUCCACAACCACAAGGUUUAGAUUGUUCUCCUGACUUAAUGCAGUUUAUGUAUCAACUUUGUCUUGCUCAAGCUCAAGAAUGUAUCCUUGAAAAAAGUAUGACAGAUAACAGAAAAGCUACCAUAAAUGCAAAGGUCGCUGCGCAGAUAGUUGAUUAUUACAAUUUAGCUCUCAAUGCACUUCUGCAAGGUUCUCCUGAGGACCCUGCCAUAAUAGACAUUGUAGGAUCCAAAAUUUUUAAAAGUUGGAAAAGAUACAUGAAAUUCAAAGUUUCAUAUUAUUGUUGUAUAUCACUUUUGUAUCAAGGUAUGCAAUCUGAAGAACAACAAAAGAUGGGAGAAAGAAUUGCAUACUUUCAAGGUGCCUUAGAUAAACUUAAUGAAGCCAUAAAAUUGUCGAAAAACAUUGAUCAAGGAGAGAUUGUUAACGAAGCCUUAAUUUUUACCAGAGACGUUGUGGAGGGAAAACGGAAAGCUGCUAAGAAUGAAAAUGAUUUUAUUUAUCACGAAGACAUUCCAGAAUUAGAUACCUUACCUCCUAUCAAAGGAGCUUCUUUAGUUAAAGGCAUUCCUUUUUCUGUUAAUGACCCUGAAAUUUCAGGACCAGAUAUUUUUGCACGACUCGUUCCUAUGAAAGCCCAUGAAGUUUCUUCAUUAUACAGUGAAGAAAAAGCAAAACUACUUCGAAAAAUUAGUGCGAUGAUAGAUGCCAAAGAUGAGGAAAUCGUUAGUUACAUUUCUAGCCUUCAGUUAGAAUAUUUAAAAAUCCACCUUGAUUCGCCAGUUUUACCUCAGGAGGUGGUUGAUCGUUGUGCUGCUCUGAGUGCAAAACCAGAUGCUAUUCAAAACUUAAUUGCUGCUAUGGAUAAGCUAAGUGAUGCUUACCAUGACGUAGAUGGAAUGUUAAAAGAAGUGAUGGAGCUUAUAAAGAUUGAAGAAGUUUCUGAAAAAGAAUAUCAAGAAAUAAUGGGUCCCCGCCCUCCUUCAAUAGUUGCAACUGACCUUACUCGUGAAGCUAAUAAAUAUAUGGAAGCUCAUAAGAAAGCUGCAGAAUCAAAUGAAACCCUCCACAAAGCGAUGACACAACAUAUUGAAAAUCUUCGAGUUUUACAACAACCUUUAAGUGAUAUUGCUAGCAACCUUCCCAGCUUGGAUUCAUUAAGUAUGAAAGAUGAUCCAACAAUUAAAGAAGUAAUUAUGUUAGUGGACAAAGUUGGUGAAAUGAGAAAGCAAAGAGCUAUGUUGGCAUCUCAGCUUAGAGAAUCAGUCUGUAGUGAUGAUAUUACAGCUCAGCUGGUCACUCGUGUCGAUGAAAGGAAGGAAGAUAUUUUUGAAAAGGAAAUGCAGAAACAUAAUAAAUAUGUUUCUUUAAUCGAACAAAACCUUUCUGCACAAGACAAGAUCCUUCCUGCCUUAACCGAUGCUUAUGCCAGAUAUGCUCCGACACGCAAAGCUGUUACUGAAAUAAUGAGACAGAGGGAAAUGAUGUUGUCAGCUCUUAUCUCCUCCUAUGAUGCUUACGAGGACCUCAUUACAAAAUCUAACAAAGGUCUAGAGUUUUAUAGAAAAUUAGAAACCAAUUUAACAAAACUUCUUCAACGUGUAAAAGGCACAUGUAAGGUUCAGCAGGAAGAGAGGGACACCAUUUUAGCACAGAACAAUAAAAAGCUAGAACAAAAUGUAGAUACCAGUUCUACAACAACGUUGAAACUUAAAGAUUAUCUUAAAAGCAGAAAAGAUGCGGAAAGAGCUGCUGCGGCGGCCAGUUAUUAUUCAGGUCAGGCAGGAGUUGACAGUCAGCAGUCAUGGUUGCCAAGUGUGCGUCCUGCUCCUCUGGGAUCUGAAGGGACUUCAACUAAACAGGAUUAUCCUUCAUAUAGUGCAGGAUCAGGAUAUGGGACAUAUUCUCAAGCUAAUUAUGGUACUGAUUAUUCCAAGGGAUAUGCAGUACCCUAUAAUUAUCAAAACAUGGUUACCCCUGAUUUACAAAAUUUGCAAUACCCAAGUUUAACUGCAGGUGUAAAUAUGGACAGCUCUUCACAAAAAGGUUAUGUUCCUAGCAUUCCAUCUGCUGGCCCUUAUAGCUAUCCUCAGGCUGCAAUGAGCUCCAAUAGUUAUGGUCAGUAUGAUCAAAGUACUACACUCACCAACCAAUACAGUUCAUUAAAUCAGGAUGGACAAUAUGCUGCAGCAACAACAUCUUCAUAUCAGUCAACUGACAGCCAGUACCUUCAACAACCAAUGCAACAGCCGCAAGUCAUGGGAGCUCAGAAUUAUCAGGCCUUAGACGUUCAACAGCAACCUACUUCUAUUUCCAACCAAUUGGCUGCUUCUCAAGUGAAAUCUCAACAAUACACUCCUGAAUCGUCUAAAAGUGCUUAUACCUCUAAUGUUGCUGCCACCACCGUUGCCAGCAAUUCAUAUAACCCUCAAAGCAGCUACCAAACUCCUAUGAACUAUGAUGCUUACCAAAACCCGUACCAAUACAAUGCUCAACAAUGGUCUCAACCAAAUUAUGGUUACAAUGCUAACAUUUUGGCCUACAAUAAUCCUAAUCAGACAGCUACGAAUAAUGUCUAUGGCACUGGUUUGGCCCAGCAAAACAUUCCAUAUGUAGCCGAACAACAAUUGGUUCCUGCUAACCAACUUAGUCAGCCAUACAAUGCACUUAGCACAGUCACUGCUGACCCUAGCCAGUUGGCUGCUACCCUACCAAUGAACCAAACUUUAAAUCCAACCAAUCAAAUGCCCCAGCAGUAUGGAUAUGUUGCUGAUGUUGGUUAUCAUCAGCAAACUAUGGCACAAAGCAUGCCAUCUUCAAUGAAUGAUUAUUCUCAGUAUUAUCAGAAUUACACUAACACCUAUCCAAACAUGCAGUUCCAAGUGACUCCUGGAACUGAUACCUCUCAUUAUAGCAAUGCUGGAGGAAAGUCUACUCUCGAAACUAAUUCUUCAAGUGUCACACCAGAGGGGCUUACGUAUGCUUCACAAUAUACAGCUAGUACUGUACCAUCUUCAUAUCCACACUAUUAUACACAGCCUUAUGGCUAUCAGUAUUCAACAGUCAAUCUCAAUGCCACUGAAGUAACAACUCAGCCAGAAACACCUCAGCCAUUACAGGCAAAAUCAAUGACAUAUAUGCAGGCUGAUGGUAAUCAGGCAUUAACUAUGACUUAUAGUCAACAACCUCAGGCCCAGAAUUCUCAGCCAACAACUCCAGAAUCUGUGAAUAAACAACCCUCAAAUUUAGAUCUUUUGACUGGUCUUGAUUUUUCGAUGACUGAUACUCCUCCUCUUCAGCCACAACUGAACAAUUCACUAUUGGAGACUUCCCAGGAAAAGAUGGCCAACUUGUCAAUUGAACCUAAACCUAGCAAUACUUCUGUGGUUUCUUCUGAUAAGGUUGAAAAUACCAAACAGAGCACUAAGAAUGGAAGUACUAGUAGUCUAGAUAAGUUGGAAAGACCAUCACCUAGCAAAACUCCUCUCAAAGAUCCAUUUUUGGAUCCAGAAGUGUUGUCACAAUUCGUACAGGAAGUUGAAAAAUUUGAGAAAUUCGUUGAAGGUUUGAAUUCUAAAACUCUCAAUGGUCCUACCCCUUUAGAUAUUAAAUGGAAUGAACUUCAGGAAUUGCAGGACAAAGAUGCUCACAAGCAAAUUAUUUCUGUUGCAAGAUGUUAUCCUAUGAAAAACAGGUUUCCAGAUAUUCUACCAUACGAUUGUACCAGAGUUGAAUUACCCUCAACUAAAGAUGACUACAUAAAUGCCUCACAUGCAAAGGAAUUGAGGCCAUAUGCACCGAAUUUCAUUAUGACACAGGCGCCAUUACCAUCUACUUAUUCUGAUUUCUGGACUAUGGUCAUAGAACAGCAUGUUGAGCUUGUUGUCUGCCUUCUUUCUGAUUCUCAGAUGAACCAAGAAAUAUAUUGGGCUGUAAAUAAAACUGAAGAUUUAGUUCUCGGUAAAAUUAAAGUGUCGUUUCAAAGUCAAAAUAAUAAAGCUCACUGGAUUGAAAGAAUAAUUUCUGUUUCUGAUGGGAAGACUUCUAGAGUUGUCGUCCACCUACAAUUUACAUCAUGGCCUCAUAGUUGGAUGCCUGAAUCUCCGGGGCCAUUUUUGAUGCUGGUUAGUGAAGCAGUUAGCAUCUGGUCUCAGCAAAGAGGUAAGGGGCCAAUGGUGGUGCACUGUGAUUCCGGAGUCGGCAAAACAGGCUUAUUUGUUUUGCUCCUGAUAUCAAUUUGUGAUCUUCGGGUAUCUCCACAUCUUCCUGAUCCUAUCAAUAUUUCUGGUCAAAUCGCUUCAUUUAGGAAGAAUCCUUUGCGUGACAGAGCUCAUUUGUCUUUUGCCUAUCAUUGUGUCUUAUAUCAUGCAAGAGACUUGCUUUUGAAAAGGGGUAUAUUGGCGAGUAGGUCUACAUUUGAGGAGAAAAGGACAAAAACUAAAUCUCAUACAAGACAUCCUUCAGAAGAUUUUUUGUUAAAUUCUUUUAAGGAACAAAAUGAAGAGCGCCGUCGUUCAGAUGCAAGCAGCACUGGCAGUGGAAGCAAACAGCUCAAUGAAAAUGAUCCGCUUAGUCAGAUCGACCCUCUCUGGCCGAUCAAACGUUUUUCAUAAUUGAAACAUUCCAAUUUCAGUGUCGGAUAAGAGUUGGUAUUUUUAUUAUUGAAAAAAGGGUCCAUUUUAUAUGACUAAUAGGUGUUAAUAUAACAUAUAUGUGUUUUUCUAUGUACUCUGAUACCCAUUGCGGAUAUUAUCGAAUAGGUCUUUUCAUAAUGUAGUACCUAAUUCAAGAACUAGUGUUUUUCAGUAUUAUUCUCAUUGUAUAGUGUGUUAUAAGGAAGUCUUUUAACUGUUAUGGUUCUAGUUUAGAAAGAGAGAAGGAAUAAGAUUUUAUUGUUAUUUAUUUUAUCUAUGUUUUUUCCAUUCAAAUUAUCGUUGUUCUUUUUUCCAGUGGUAGAAUAAAAUAACUUAAGGAAAAAGAGUUGGUGUCAUUCAUUUUAAUAUCAGACGUAGUUAUCAUUAUAAGAUCAAUAAAUAAUCUUUAUUUGGGGACGAACAUGUUCAGAGAGAUCCAGUUCUCUUAUAUGAUUUAUUCAUUACUAAAUUAUAUUUUUAUAGAUAGUAACAAACUAUAAAAGCAGUUAUUAAAAUUUAUUAGUUAGAGAUUUUUAUAAAAAAAGUUAUAAUGCAAAUAAACAAUUUUUUUAUUAAAUUACUGUUUUAAAAUAUGAUUUACUGUUCUAAUUUUCAAAUAAAUCACUUUUAUAUCAAAAUUUCAUUGAUUCUUAAUAAUUUAAGUAGAAUUUAAGUCAUUAAGAAUCAAUAAUAUAAGUAAGGCACUGUUUAUGUGAAGUUUUUUGUUUAUUAAUCUUACAGUAUUUUCUUGAAAUAUUAUCUCUCAAAAAGUAUUUAGGCUAGGACUAUGAUUUGGUUUACAAUCCAUAGUGUAUCUUUGACACUAAAUAAAUAAUUGCAAGUUGUGGAUUCAACAACUUGAUUGGUAAUUAUUGUGAGAAGGAAAAAGAAACUUUGUUCACAUAAUCAUAAUAUGCUACAAUUAAUCGAUAUUCUAUAUAUUCACUCAAAAACAAAAUUAUAAUUUUAUUGCUUAAUAUAUAUCGGUGGUACCUGUGAAAAGUGUGUCAAGUGCAAUUUUAUGAAUUUUCAUGUGUAUCUCCAUAAAGCUAAUUUUCCUCUCUUUCUUUGUGUUGGCUAAUUUAUGUUUAUAUUGCAGAGAUAAACAUCCUUUUGUGAAUCAUCAGGUGAAAUUUGAUAAUUGAACUUGCUCCUGUGAAGAUUCAAAACUUUUAAUUGCAUUUUUCCUUAAAUAUGAUUUUUGAACUUAACACACUACACACAGAUGCCACUGAUACAUUAGAUUAUUGCAGCCCUUAUAGUUUUGGAUUCAUAUUUCAAAGGGAACAUUUUAAUAGUUUUCCAAUUUUUUUAAAAAAGUCGUACUGCACUUCAUCAAUAUAUAAACUUACAGAAUCACCUCUUUAAUAAUUUGUUUAAUUUUUAAUUGGUGACAAAUUCAUUAAUAUUGAACCGUUAUUUAAAUUUUUUCUUGUCAUCCUCAGUAAAUCAGUUAUUGAUAAUAGAAAUAUACUCAAUUGUUACCAAUUGGAAGUUAUUAUUGCCAAAUAACUAAAAGUUAUUUUCAAAUUUUUAGUGGCAAAUAUACCUAAUUUUAUGAUUGCCACCAGUUAAUUUUGAAUCUGAGUUUAUUUUUUAUUGUGUUGGUUAAUGUAUUUGGUUUUUUAUAUUAUUGAAUAUUUAUGAUUCGUAUAAAACAUUUAUACAUAAUAUUAACAUGCAGAUGGUGAUAUUGAAUUUAAAAAUCCACCACCUCAUGCUGUUAUAUUACGAAGGUCAUGAUGUUAUUCCUUGUUGCUUGUCACAUUACAUUAAGAUACGUUAAGUUAGGUUAUUGGCAUUGUUUUGAUCAGAGUUAAUGUUUCAUAGAUUUUCUCGACGGAUGUAGACAAUUCAUGGCAAUUUAAAUUGAUUACGGCCAACUAGCCAAUCAGAAAAGGUUAUGUGACAAAAGUGUACUUAUCAGCAGUAAUAGAAUUUGUGCUCCUGUGUGAUAAAAUUAAGUGUGAUUAAGUUAUUAUGAAGUGUUAUUUGGGCAACUUGGUGGAAAGUUAAAUUAUAUGAAAUUGACUGACAUAUUAAAGGCUGCUUCUUUAAGUUAGUUUUUUUUUUUUUUUCAUUAAAGAGCUGAUGCUUGAAAUAUGAAAAAGUAUAUUUAUAUGUAAUUUUAUCUAAAAUAAAUAUGAUUAUGUGAUUACUUCAUAACAUUAUUAAGUAACCUGAAAAAAAAAAAAAUAGUAAUAUCUUAAAUAUAGCUCUUUAAACUAGUGGUUUGGUUUGGUUGGUACUUCUUAUGUUAAAA